GGAAAAAAAGGCGAAUCAAAACAAAAGUGGAAAAACUCAGAACAUUCCACAGCUCGAAUAAAAAACUCACAUUUUAAUAUGUUAUUAACGAAUUUAAAUAUUAAUCAGUUCAUUUGAAGGCAAAUAAUCGAAUUUAAGGCUAAGUAUGAGCAGAGACAUCGAGAUAUAAAACUAAUGACGAAAUUCUUGUUAGAUGUUGAUUAUUUUUAUGACUUAGUGAUGACUUAGUGGGCAAAGUGCACAGAUCUGUAUCAAUCGCACCGACUUUCGCCAACUUCUCAGUCAGACGUAAAAAAACCACCAAAGAUAUAUAAAGCCGUAAUGUCGGAGGAGAAGGAGUUCUUGGAAGCCUAUGCCGGCAUUAAAGCAGCCUACAAAGCGGCCAUGACCCAGGUGGAGGUGGCCGUUAGUCACGAGGAGCAGGAGUCACAGGGACUGGCCAUCGAGGCCUAUGAGUUGGCCCUCCAAAUGAUAGAAGACACGUUCGGCAUUCCCGUGGGACUUCCGGACGACAUUGAUGCCGUGCAGACAGAGUGGAAUGAUGCCUGUGCGCUCAUCCAAAAACUCAAGAGCGCCAAAACAGAAGUCAGCUACCGUCUGAGGGUUUUGCGAUCCCAUAACCAACCCGUCGAUGGUACUGCCCAGGAGGCCAAUGAGGAGGAGGAGCCAACGGAAGUGGAUGCAAGGAGGUCGUUGCUGGCGGAGAACCCUUCCACGCACUAUGACAUUGCCAAUGCUGGCGGAACGCCAAAGACUUACAGAGAGUUGGCUGCAGGACUAAGGCAGCUUUUAGCUGUUCGGGACUCCCAUGCCCUGCUGGAUGAGCUUUUCCGUGCCCAAGUGAAACUCUACCGGAUUGAAGCAAGUGGUACUGUUGCCUCCAUAAGUGGGUCGUCGACUAUGUCGCUGGUUAUGUGCACCGUGGGGGGUGAGUGGAAGUACCUCAGUGGCAUCUACUUCAUCCAAUGCUCCAUGCCGAAUGAAGAAACCGAUAUGAUCUGGCUCUACCCCCUGGUUCCAUCGAUCACCAAUUGCUAUCGCACGGAGUACGGAGCAUUUAUCUUCCCUGAUAUGGAGUGCCAGCAACCGGGAAAUGCGUUCGGCUUAAUGCUAGCCAAGGAAGGAACACAUUCGUUGAGAACGGAGGAGGAAAUGCAGGACCUGCAGCAGUUCUUCCUUGACUUGUUGGAGGCCGUGCUCGCUGGUACGGUGGAGCAGUUGAAAUCUCCCAUCUCCCAACGUGCUGGCUUCGCUUCGGAUUCAGUUUCCGGCUCGGAGCAGGUGUCCAGACACAUUGUGGGUGCGGCAGAUUUCAUUGCUCGCAAUCUGGUCAAGGGCGCCGAGAAGACGGGAGGCCUCAUGCUCAGGGGCACUCCGUAUCUUAUAUCCAAGAUGGCCCCAGCAUCGACCGAUGCUCCCACCCAGGUUCCCAGCUCUGUCCAGACUUCAGUUGAAGUGGCUCAAAAAGUGACGCAUGCGGCAGCCGGAAUGACUGGUUGGAUUGCUGGAAAGGUGGGCACGGCUUCAAUGACAGUGGGCCGCUACCUGGCUCCUCACAUCCAGGAGCAGGGGUCCAAGCUGCUGCAGAAAGGACUCGGCUACGACAGCAGCGAGGCGAACAGCACUAUGGAGGGAGCCCUGACCAUCGCGGCCGGUGCCGUAGAAGGUGUCAGCACAGUAAUCGACGGACUCGAGUCGUCGGCCAAAAUCCUGGGCUGCAGCCUCAGCGAAAACUCCGUCAAGAUAAUUGAACACAAAUAUGGCCAGCCGGCGGGAAAUCUUGCCAGUGGCACCUUCGACACGGUGGGAAACGUUUUUGUAGUCAGCCAGAACGUAAACUACAUUACUCCCAAGGGCAUCGCCAAGAAAAUGGUCAAGCGAACAGGAGAAGCCGUUGUUAGCGACUACAAACGAGACUUACGCAAACCGGAAUCUCAUUACAUAAAUGCCGGAGCUCUUUAUCCGGAUUUACGGGCUUUAAAGGAAUAAGGGCUCAUGCUAAAGAUACUAUUCAUGUUUGUAAUCGGCGAUAUUAACAUGGUAUAUUUAUAUGCCAUUUUCAGCUUUAUUUUAGAGCUUUUUGAAACAAAAUCUCAUAUAUAAAAAUUAGUUAUUAUACAUACCUAAAACGGUUAUUCUUAUUUAAAAACCAAAUGUUAUGUGAUUCGUAAACGAAUUCAAAGGAUAAAAGGUACAAGAUAUUCAAUAAAAAGAAAACAUUUUC